UUUUCCUGGCCUGUAGGUGUCCUCCCUCUGGUUAUAGCCUCAACAGGGCCUUCUCCAUGCAUGUGCUCAUUCAUAAAUGUCAUAAGACAUUUCUAAGCAGUCGUGAGGCUUAGCCUGAGUAGUAUCCACAAAAUGCAUAGAAUGAUACCUGGCCAGUGGUAAGCUUGCAAGGAAUGUUAUCCAGAUGACACUAUAUGGGAAACUGAAGAGGAGGGAAUAGUGAUUAGCAAGAAUAGAAAACGGCAUUAAGGAAGGUGGUAGUCAGGGAAAGCCUUCUUUGAGGAGGUGACAGGGGACUGAGGCCCAAAUGAAAUAAAAGCGUUAGCUACACAGUGAUCCUUGGGGAACAGUGGUUCUGGCAGAGGGAGCUACUAGUACAAAGACCUUGAGGUGGAAAGGAAUUUAGCUCUCUUUGGAAAAGAAAGGGAGUGGGCAGGUGCCUUCUGAGCCUUCUGAGACCGCAAAGAGGAGUAGGAGGUGAAGUAGCCUCCACAUGGAAAAGAUGCAGGUCUUUGUCCUGGGAGCAGUGGAAAGUCUCCUGAUUCGGCUCAUAAACCUGAAGUAAAUACAGACUGGUAGAGAAAGAACCCAGCCCAGGGGCCUGAAAACUUGGAUUGGAGUCUGGGCCUCUUGACAAGCUAGGUGUCCUUGUACAAGUGCUUACGGGGGCCUGCAUCUCCAUCUCUGAAAGAGAGGCCUGGUAACAAUGCCCCUCUCCUAGAAGCUUUGUGAAGACCUAAGGAUGUGUCUUUGGUUCUUAAGUGUUAAGUGUCGGCUGAUGUGACCCCAAGAGCGUGUGUCCAAGUCCCAUACUUCCUGGAUGAUGACUGUCACGCAGGGGUUUCACGGACCUGACCUGGAGAAAUAUCAGUCUAGGGAGUGUUGGGUGGAAGGUCCUUGGCAAAUAAUGAAGUGAGGAGCUAAUGGUGGGAUUUUAGGGUUUUUUGGUUUGUUUGUUUUGUUUUUAGAUUUUAUUUAUUCAUUUGAGAGACAGAGUGUUUGAGAGACAGAGAGAGAGCAUGAGUGGUCAGAGGGGCAGUGGGAAAGGGAGAAGCAGGCUGCCCACUGAGCAGGGAGUCCAAAGCAGGGCUAGAUCCCAGGACCCCAAGGUAAUGACCUGAGCUGAAGGCAGAUGCUUAACCAACUGAGCUACCCAGGCACCCCUAAUGGUGGGAUUUUAGCCUCCAUGUUCCCCUGCUCUUCGUGGUGGGCUCCUAGUGCAACCAACCUGAUGCUUCCCUACCUUUUCCCCCAAGGAAGUGCUUUAGGAGGAGAGGUGUACACCUCCAGCUAUCUGACUUCUGAUUCACAGAUAGGAACACUGAAGCCCAGAGCUUGGAACCCAGAGAAGCUCCACCCUUUGAAGCCAUGGAGGUGGAGUCUGCGGAGGCCGGGGCCCCCGCCCCGGCCCCCGCCCCCGCCCCGGGCUACAAACGCUCUGGCCGCCGCUACAAGUGCCUGUCCUGUACCAAGACAUUUCCAAAUGCGCCUAGGGCCGCGCGUCACGCUGCCACACAUGGUCCUGUAGACUGCGCAGAAGAGGUGGCGGAAGCAAAGCUGAAGCCAGAGACAGAACCCAAGGCAGAGGAUGCUGGCGGGGACAAGGUGUCAGGUGCAUCGGCCAAGCCUCGGCCUUAUGCAUGCCCGCUGUGCCCCAAGGCCUACAAAACAGCACCUGAGCUACGCAGUCAUGGUCGCAGUCACACUGGCGAAAAGCCCUUCCCUUGCCCCGAGUGUGGCCGCCGCUUCAUGCAGCCCGUGUGCCUGCGCGUGCAUCUGGCCUCCCAUGCCGGCGAGCUGCCCUUCCGCUGCGCUCACUGCCCCAAGGCCUAUGGCGCGCUCUCCAAGCUCAAGAUUCACCAGCGUGGUCACACGGGCGAGCGGCCCUACGCUUGCACCGACUGCGGCAAGAGCUUCGCCGACCCUUCAGUGUUCCGCAAGCACCGGCGCACGCACGCGGGCCUGCGGCCCUACGGCUGCGAGCGCUGUGGCAAGGCCUACGCCGAGCUCAAGGACCUACGCAACCACGAGCGGUCCCACACCGGUGAGCGCCCCUUUCUCUGCUCGGAGUGUGGGAAGAGCUUCUCCCGUUCAUCCUCGCUCACGUGCCACCAGCGCAUCCACGCGGCGCAGAAGCCCUAUCGCUGUCCGGCCUGUGGCAAGGGCUUCACGCAGCUCAGCUCCUACCAGAGCCACGAGCGCACUCACUCUGGCGAGAAGCCCUUCCUGUGCCCGCGUUGUGGCCGCAUGUUCUCCGACCCCUCGAGCUUCCGGCGCCACCAGCGGGCACAUGAGGGCGUGAAGCCUUACCGCUGUGAGAAGUGCGGCAAAGACUUCCGGCAGCCCGCAGACCUGGCCAUGCACCGGCGGGUGCACACCGGGGACCGGCCGUUCAAGUGCCUGCAGUGUGACAAGACGUUUGUGGCGUCUUGGGACCUCAAGCGCCACGCGUUGGUGCACUCGGGCCAGCGGCCCUUCCGUUGUGAGGAGUGUGGGCGAGCCUUCGCCGAGCGAGCCAGUCUCACUAAGCACAGUCGGGUGCACUCGGGUGAGCGCCCCUUCCACUGUAACGCCUGUGGGAAGUCCUUCGUGGUAUCAUCCAGCCUGAGGAAGCAUGAGCGGACCCAUCGAAGUAGCGAAGCCGCAGGGGCGCCCCCACAGCAGGAGCUGGUAGUGGGGCUGGCCCUGCCAGUCAGCGUGGCAGGCGAGGGCUCCACUGCCCCCACCGCAGGUGCAGGGCUAGGUGACCCCCCAGCAGGGCUGCUAGGGCUGCCCCCGGAAUCAGGUGGUGUGAUGGCCACCCAGUGGCAAGUGGUGGGCAUGACGGUGGAACAUGUGGAGUGCCAAGAUGCUGGGGUUGGGGAGGCUCCUGGUCACUUGCGGGGAGCAGGCGAGGUGGGGGGAGAGGAGGUGGACGAGAAGCCACCGCAGUUUGCCUGCCGGGAGUGCAAGGAGACAUUUUCCACGCUGACGUUGCUGCGGCGGCACGAGCGCUCACACCCGGAGCUCCGUCCCUUUCCCUGCACCCAGUGCGGCAAGAGCUUCUCUGACCGGGCAGGGCUGCGCAAACACAGCCGCACCCACAGCUCUGUGCGCCCCUACACCUGCCCCCACUGCCCCAAGGCCUUCUUGAGUGCCAGUGACCUGCGCAAGCACGAGCGCACCCACCCUGUGCCCAUCGGGACCCCCACGCCCCUGGAGCCCCUUGUGGCUUUGCUAGGAAUGCCUGAAGAGGGACCAGCUUGAGGCCCAUGCCCCCUCCACCUCACUGCCAGGAGCCCAGACUUUACAGGGUGCCUCCUGAACCUCUCUGCCCCUGCUCUUUAGACUUCAGAUUCCUGUCCCCCGGGCAGCUAGCUUUCCUUGUCAAAAAAGAGUUGGGGGACAAUGGAGGCAGGCAGCAGCUGUUGAGAGACACGUGUCCUCUGAGCAACACUCAUUAAAGCAUUCACUUUG